AGAGAGAGAGGCGGGGAGGGGGACAGGCGGGGGGACCCACGGCGCUGCGGCUUCGCGGAGUUUGAAGGAAACCCAAGAGGAGCCAGCCUUUCCUUUCCUUUCUCCUCCCAAACUCGGAGCGGAGGAGAGCUGCGGUCCGAAAGCGCGGCGCUUCCUCCCAGGCGCCCUCUCUUCUCCUCUGCUCUCCCCUCCUCCUUGUCCUCCGCCUUCCCGCCCCCUUCCUCCUCCUCCUCCUCCUCCUCCUCCUCCUCUAUGGAAAUCCAGGGGUUUUCCCCAGCCUGUGGCAGACUAGAGGACUGGAGGCGGAGGAAAGGCAGCGGCAGCGGGAGCAGCAGCAGCGCGUGAAGCGGCUCAGCUUCUCUUCUGGGGCCGUGAAGUUGGGCAGCGGCUGGGCGGGUCGCCCUCUUCGUCUCCCAGAGCCCAAUUUUGGUUGAAGACGGUAUCCAGGGAACCCAUCUCUUUCUCUGGGAGCUGCACGCUGCUUGUUGCUAAGGUUUCUUCUACAAUAACAUGUGCAUCCUGUUUAUACCUCCAUGUGAAGAAGUUGGGCUUGGUUAGUUUCACCAGCUUCACCUGGAGAGCUGCAAAGAAAGAAGUACCCAUUCUCCAUCCACCACUUCAGCCCAGCUGUCUGAGAUACAGUCUUCUUCUUCCGAGUCUCGGUUGAUGUUGCUUCUGAUGCUCCACAGGCCACAGAAGUGAGCUGCUUUCUAUGUGGAACUCAAAGUUUGCAUUGCCAGCUCCUAUUUUGUAUAGGAAAGAGAGACAGGCCUGAAAAAGUAGCACCCAGCACUGUGUUGUUUGCUUGAGAAACCUGCUCCUCAUUUUUCCAAGAUGACGAACAACUCUGCAGAUCACCAUCCUGGGAACUCUGUUGCUGAGGGCAGCCAUGAGGGGGAAUUUGGUUGCUCAGUUAUGGACCUCCGGGGUCUCAUGGAGGUUCGCAGUGGAGAGGCAGUGAAUCGGAUAAAUGACACCUAUGGGGGAGUUCAUAGUUUGUGCAAGAGAUUGAAGACCUCACCAGUAGAAGGCCUAUCAGGGAAUCCUGCGGAUUUGGAGAAAAGAAGGCAAGCAUUUGGCCAAAACUUCAUUCCACCCAAAAAGGCCAAAACUUUCCUGCAGUUAGUCUGGGAAGCACUGCAGGAUGUCACAUUAAUCAUAUUGGAAAUAGCAGCCAUAAUCUCCCUGGGCCUGUCUUUCUAUCAUCCACCUGGUGGCGACAAUGAAGCAUGUGGGGAAGCAAAAGGCAGUGCAGAGGAUGAAGGUGAGGCCCAGGCUGGAUGGAUUGAGGGGGCAGCCAUCCUCUUCUCAGUCAUUAUUGUGGUGCUGGUCACAGCCUUCAAUGACUGGAGUAAAGAGAAACAGUUCCGGGGCCUCCAGAGCCGCAUCGAGCAGGAGCAGAAGUUCACAGUCAUCCGCAAGGGGCAAGUGAUCCAAAUCCCUGUGGCUGAGAUUGUAGUGGGAGACAUUGCUCAGAUCAAAUAUGGUGAUUUGUUACCUGCAGAUGGGGUUCUGAUUCAGGGCAAUGAUCUGAAAAUUGAUGAGAGCUCUCUUACUGGAGAAUCAGACCAAGUGAAGAAAUCUCUGGAAAAAGACCCCAUGCUGCUUUCUGGUACUCAUGUGAUGGAGGGUUCUGGUCGAAUGCUGGUCACAGCUGUGGGUGUCAAUUCACAAACUGGAAUUAUUUUUACUCUUCUGGGUGCUGGAGAAGGGGAAGAGGAGAAGAAGGUCAAGAAAGGUAAAAAACCCGGAGCCCCUGAAAAUCGCAACAAAGCCAAAACUCAGGAUGGUGUUGCCCUGGAGAUCCAGCCACUGAAAAGCCAAGAAGGAAUAGAAAACGAGGAGAAAGAAAAGAAAAAAGUGAAGGUCCCCAAGAAGGAGAAGUCUGUAUUGCAGGGCAAGCUCACUCGCUUGGCAGUUCAGAUUGGUAAAGCAGGAUUGAUCAUGUCAGCCAUCACAGUGAUUAUCCUUGUGUUGUAUUUUGUGAUUGACACCUUUGGAAUUCAAGGACGGUCAUGGCUGGCCGAAUGUACCCCCAUUUACAUCCAAUAUUUUGUCAAGUUUUUCAUCAUUGGUGUCACCGUGCUUGUGGUUGCUGUGCCUGAAGGAUUGCCCCUGGCCGUCACAAUCUCUUUAGCUUACUCUGUCAAGAAAAUGAUGAAAGAUAACAAUCUGGUUCGGCACCUGGAUGCUUGUGAGACAAUGGGCAAUGCCACCGCUAUCUGCUCAGAUAAGACAGGUACCCUGACCAUGAACCGUAUGACUGUGGUGCAAGCCUAUGUGGGUGACACUCAUUAUCGACAGAUCCCUGACCCAGAGGCCAUCUUGCCCAAGAUCCUGGAUCUCAUUGUCAAUGGUGUCGCAAUAAACUCUGCAUACACCUCUAAAAUUUUGCCACCAGAGAAAGAAGGGGGUCUCCCACGUCAAGUUGGAAACAAGACAGAGUGUGCUCUUCUGGGUUUUGUGCUGGACCUGAAACAGGAUUAUCAGGCUGUACGCAAUGAAGUUCCUGAGGAAAAGCUAUACAAGGUCUACACUUUCAAUUCAAGCCGCAAGUCCAUGAGUACUGUGUUAAAGAAUCCCGACGGGGGCUUCCGCAUGUACAGCAAAGGCGCCUCUGAAAUCCUUCUGCGCAAAUGCACAAAGAUCUUGGACAAGAAUGGGGAACCUCGAAUCUUUAAAGUGAAGGAUCGAGAUGAAAUGGUGAAAAAAGUGAUUGAGCCAAUGGCUUGUCAUGGGCUACGCACCAUUUGUCUGGCCUAUCGGGAUUUCCCUGCUGGAGUUGAGCCUGAUUGGGAUGCUGAAAAUGAGAUUCUGUCUGACCUUUCCUGCAUCUGUGUAGUUGGCAUUGAAGACCCUGUUCGGCCAGAGGUGCCUGAUGCCAUUCUCAAGUGCCAACGUGCUGGUAUUACUGUUCGGAUGGUGACAGGUGACAACAUCAACACAGCACGCGCCAUUGCAACCAAGUGUGGGAUUUUGCUGCCUGGGGAGGACUUCUUAUGUUUGGAAGGAAAGGAAUUCAAUCGGCUCAUCCGCAAUGAGAAAGGAGAGGUGGAACAAGAGCAGCUGGAUAAGAUCUGGCCCAAGCUACGGGUCUUGGCACGUUCUUCACCUACAGAUAAACACACACUUGUGAAAGGAAUUAUUGACAGUACCAUUGCUGAACAAAGGCAGGUGGUGGCCGUGACCGGAGAUGGCACUAAUGAUGGCCCAGCCUUGAAGAAAGCAGAUGUUGGAUUUGCUAUGGGCAUUGCUGGCACAGAUGUGGCUAAAGAGGCCUCAGACAUCAUCCUGACAGAUGACAAUUUUACAAGCAUCGUCAAGGCAGUGAUGUGGGGUCGCAAUGUAUAUGACAGCAUCUCCAAAUUCCUGCAGUUCCAACUCACGGUCAAUGUAGUAGCUGUGAUUGUGGCUUUCACGGGUGCUUGUAUCACACAGGACUCCCCUCUGAAGGCUGUCCAGAUGCUAUGGGUCAACUUGAUCAUGGAUACCUUUGCCUCAUUAGCCCUUGCCACAGAACCCCCAUCGGAGUCCUUGCUCCUGCGCAAGCCAUAUGGCCGUAACAAGCCUCUCAUUUCCCGCACCAUGAUGAAGAACAUCCUGGGGCAUGCAGUCUACCAACUCACCAUUAUCUUUACACUACUUUUUGCAGGUGAGAAGUUCUUUGAUAUCGACAGUGGCCGGAAUACUCCACUUCACUCCCCACCGACUGAGCACUACACCAUUGUCUUCAACACUUUUGUCAUGAUGCAGCUUUUCAACGAGAUCAAUGCUCGCAAAAUCCAUGGUGAGAGGAAUGUAUUUGAGGCCAUUUUCCGGAACCCCAUCUUCUGCACAGUGGUGCUAGGAACCUUUGUUUCUCAGAUCAUCAUUGUGGAAUUUGGUGGAAAACCAUUCAGCUGCUCUGGGCUCACCUUGAGUCAGUGGUUCUGGUGUAUUUUCAUUGGUGUUGGAGAGCUUCUUUGGGGGCAGUUGAUCUGCACUGUUCCAACCAGUCAACUGAAAUUCCUGAAGGAGGCAGGACAUGGCAUUACCAAGGAGGAUAUGGCAGAUGAAGAGUUGCCUGAGGGUCUAGAUGAAAUUGACCAUGCUGAAAUGGAACUUCGACGGGGACAGAUUCUGUGGUUCCGAGGCCUCAACAGAAUACAGACUCAGAUGGACGUAGUUUACACAUUCCAGACCGGCGCCUCCUCUUUACAGGGAGCCCUCAGGAGACAGCCUUCCAUCGUGAGCCAACACCACGAUGUAAAAAAUGUUUCUAGCCCAACCCAUAUCAAAGUGGUGAAUGCAUUCCGUAGCUCCUUGUAUGAAAACCUCCAGAAACCUGAAUCCAAAACCUCCAUUCAUAACUUCAUGACUCACCCAGAGUUCAUCCUGGAGGAAGACGAGCCUCGGACCCCAUUCCUCGAUGGCACCGAUGAAGACCCGGAAGCUGAAGAUCUCAAACAGCAAAGUGAGGAAAGCCCAGGCGAGUUCUCACCCCUCAACAAAAAUAACAAUGCAAUGGACAGCAGUGUCGCUGAGGACACCAUUCCAGAGCCAGAAAGCCCUCUACACAGCUUGGAAACAUCAAUUUGACUUCUGAACUAUGAUCUUCUUCUCACCUCCCCCACAUACAACUUACGCACCAACAUCUGACCAUGUACUGUGGCCUCUCCCUGUUAAGUCCUCACAUGUAUAUGCCUAUUUCCUUCCUCCUCCCCCUUUAUCAUUGGUUAGCAGCAGGGAUCACAGAAUUUUACACUUCAACAAUUAUGUUGGCAGAAGUGGUUCCCUCAAGAGAGAAACCAUCCCUUUCAUACACAUUCUCCUUGAAUUGGGUUCCACAUGUCUUUUUGACACUUUUUCAUCACUGAAGUUGCAUGUUUUUUUUUAAGAAAACCCAAGAUUCAGAUUCUCUUAAAGAGGCUGCGUAUACUGAAGCUAAUGAUACAGUUGUAUGGGGAUUGCCGGUGACUUGUUUUUUAGUUGCAAAUUCUGAAUACCAGAUGUUGAUAUAUAUCCUUGGAAAGAAAGGUUGGGCAGAACAGGGUGUAAUGUAAGGAGAAUCUGAAUCAGGUAAUUGAUGUGAAAGUGAACCCAGUCUUCCAUAAGGGGUGGGGUGGAAUAAUACCUGAUUUCUAUUUUUUCUAUCUUUCCAUCUCUCUGUCUUUAUAAUAAUAUCACCCUUAGGAAAUGAGGGUGACAAAAUGUCUUAGAAAUCUGUAUAAAUGAUGGAAUCAGGAGAUAGACUAACAAUAAGGUAAAAUGACAGUUCCCUAAGGGAAUGAAAUUAAACGAGUCAUAACUUUUGAUUGAAAAAGAAUUGUAUAUGAAUAAAAAAAACUCUGUAUUAGGUGAGGUUUGUGAGAUGUCUUAGAUAUCUACAAAUUGAUUGUCUUGAUUAGGGUUUUGCCAUUUUGACAGCUGAGUAAGCCCCUGGCCCUGUAAAGCAAACAUACAGCAUCCAGAGAAUCUCAUAGCAUGUAGCUUCACUCCAAGUUGUGAUUGUUGUCUUAUCUUCAAAAGAAUUUUUUGGGGAAGGGCCAGUUAUUUGAAGAGUGCAAGAUGUAAAAUAUUACAGCUAGGUCAUCUGUAGCAAGAAGCUAUCUCUUCCUGUAAUUUUUAUUGCAUGUUAUAGGCUGAAGAGGGAAUGUUUAAUAGGAAAGGUUCACAUUGGACACAUUCCCUUGUGCAAUAUACUUUUGUUGAGUGAUAUUAGCAAAUACAUUGGCUCUGUAGAUUUUGAUUUCCUCGUGUUGUUUGGGACACAAAACAUCUUCAGUUACUAUAAGAACAAGGUGUUCUGGUUUUUAGCAACAUUUUUUUUUAAUCCAGUGAAAGAACUCUUCCAUCCUUGCAGCUCAUAGUCACUUUUCUGAGCAUAUCUAAAUGGAGCCCAUUUGUAGUGCAAGAGUAGCAUGAGCGCCCACAGUUGUAUUACCAGGAGCAGAGUGGCCCUCAACAUUUAGCAUAGAAGCUUGUAUCCAUGCAGGACGCUUUCCUUAGAGAGUGCUAUCUGGAAGCAAAACGAGAACCUAGUUUUAGUAGUGUUGAAGGUCACUGUUUCAGCAUUGCCAUCCAACACGUUGACAGCUUUUCUUUGUUGUUGGCUUUCCCCUCAAUUUCUUUUUGAAGAACGCACAGCAGAAACUCCUGUGCCUUGUCUAAGCACUGCCCAAAGCGCACCGCCUGCCACAUAGGAGCCUGGUACUUUCCCAAGAGAUAAGUGUUCCUUAAAGAAGAAGAAAAAGGAAAUUAAGUGUUUUGAUUUCACCUUUAAACUUUCUUGUUCUGGGAUGGUCACUGAAUUUCAUAGUGAGUUCAAGGUGAAGUGAUGAAAAUUCCUUCUUGGUAUGUCUUCUCUUCCAAUGCUGGUGUACAAGGAGAUGAAUGCUAGGUUCAACUAACUGCCAAAAGCCAGGGAAGGGAUACCCAUUCCUGACCAUCAUAUUUGCAGAUAAGAUACCAUGCCAUCACCCGACCCCAUGUUUUCCCUCCAGAUACAUCCACUUCAUUCCCUUCAUCUGAACUGUAUAUAUGGGGAGGAAUUUAGGGAGGGAAACUGCCAUCUCUUGCUAUAUAGGGCCUAUCUGAUAAAUGGGGGAGGAAACUCUUUUUUAUUUAGUUCUGUUCUAAAGAUUACAUUGCCUCAGUGGUCAUUUUUCUAUUUUAAAUACUUGGUUUACAAGUAUUUAAACAAGCACCAAAUAUGUCAGGUGCUUGCAUAAAUAUUUAUGAAAGAUUUAGGGUAAGGGGGAAACUAAUUUUUUAUGUUUGAUAAUUUUUUUAUUACCUCAAAGUUGUUUUGGAUGAAAAAUAAAACACUCACUCCCAGAAAUCUGUAACUGACAGGUUGUGGUGAGGCCUACAUUUUAGUACAAUUUAUUUUCCUUUUUUGUGUCUAGCUUCCUGAAGUGGGAGGGAGAGAAUAAUUAUAUAAAUAUUAUGCAAAAAAUAUAGUUUUCUUUAGAUCAGAAACAGAUAUUUUCAAGUCAGCCAUAUGUAUUUUGUUUAAAGGAAACUAAGCUGUGAGUUAUGUAACUGCAGUGGAAUGUAGUCACAUGGCUGGCAGUUGACACUUCAUGAUUGGUCAGACUCCAAUCAGCUUCCUUUCUCUGAACAGCCAUCUUUGUACUAAAAGUCAAUUGUGUUAUACAGAAAUGUUUUUAUAUAAAUUAUGUUGAUAUGGCUGGUUUGCUUAAAGUAUAAGUGUUUAUUGUGCAUACAUUUUUAAAUGUAAAAUUGGGUUGGUUUGGGUGGUUCCUUUUUUUAAAUUCUUUUAGUUUCAGUGAUAAAACUGGCAGCAGUUGACUGGCUUACGUUAUUGAGGAACCCAUCGCACGUGUGGCCAAAAUAAAGAGUGUUGUCAAUAAAAGGCAUAAACUGCAAUCUGCUGAUCUUUGUAUGCACACGCAUGCCAAACAGAUGGCCACAUUUACAGUGGUCCAUUGAGGGAAGAUAUCACCUGUUGAUCAUUGUAAUGCCAAACAGGUGGCCAACGUCUUAUGGCCCAUCAAUGGAAGUGAUUGCCUGUUUGGCCAAUGUUUUGUGGUCCUUUGAUAGAAGUGAUCCCAUUUGGGGGCGCAAGGGGAAAGGGGUAUUUCCUUUCAAUUAACCCCUUUCCCUUCAACAGACAGUUGAGCAGCAGUGUGGAAAAAUAGGCUACACCCACUGUCUUUCGGGAGAAAAGUAAAUAAAUCCAAAUCUAGCUGAGAUCAGCAUGCAAUUCCCCAACCCCAGUACGAGAUGAAGGUGGAAUCUGGUUGUGGUUGUGUUGUAUUUAGUUCUGUUUGGUUGCCCCAUGCAGCAUCCUUUUGCGUGCAUCUUGGAUAACAUCCAUUUAAAGGGAACCACAUAAAAUAACAUGCUGGUAGUCUAUUUUGGCUGGAUGGGGAUAGUUUGUAAUUUCUGUGAAACAUACCAUAAGCAAUGGAAUGACCUUUUCAGACAAUAAAGGUGAAUGUGGCAAGGAGGGAGUGGGUGGGAAUCAUUCAAGUUCGUGCCAUGCCAGACAGGAAAUGACAUAAUAUCCUGUAAAGUGUGUUAUUUUUGCCUUGGAAUGCUUUGUUGUUGUUGUUGGGGUUUUUUUUUUUUUAAGAAAAGCACCCUGGAUAUAGUUUUGCAUCCAGUUCUUCAUAGAACUUUGUAGGAAUUUAUUAUUAUUAUUAUUGUUAAAAAUUGGCAGAUUGGUACCAAAGACAUUACACGAUUUCCUGUGUGCAAUGGAGACUAUCCAUUUUAGGAGCUAGACUUAUACAAUUAGUUAUUUUUAUUAAGUUGCACAGGGAUCUGACUUAAUUUUUGUGCAAUAAGUUCGGAGAAGUUAUUAUUUUUAAAAAAAUCAGAAGGAAAACAAAUCUUAUUGUACUUUUAGCCAUGGGCAAAUAUGAACCAAAGUGUAUACAGAAAUGUUUAAAUAAGUAUAUAAAUUUCAUGUUUCAUUCUCCUCUGGGAAAUCAGUACUUGUUGCCAUUGUCGGUGGGCUCAGUCUGAGUUCACUGCAGACCUGGACCAUGUAUUAAGGGGGAGAUCGAAGACCUCUCUCUCUAUCCCAUUGCAUUCUUCCCAGUUUUGCCUUGUGCAGCAUUUAUUUUUCUGGCCCCUUUGUCUUGAGGCAAACUGUUGCAAUGGCUGCAAGUCUUAUAAGGAGAUGGGAAGGUGAUUGUAACUUCUAUGUAUACCAUGGAAGUCUUUUAUCAACAACUUUCUGCUCUUCUCAUCUGCUCAGGAGGUCACCAUUCAAGGUCUAUUCCUUGAUGAAAGAAGAGCAUUUUGGACAGCUUCACUUUUGCAGUCACCCUCCUAAUAACCUUACCCCCUUUCAAUGGAUUGUACUUUGUGGUGGCAAUAUUCCUACUAAACAAAAAUAAAGAAGCCCUAUUUGCAAAUCCAUGUCCCCUUUAGAAAACCCAUGGCUAAGACUACCUGUUUGGUUUUUCCUGCCCAUAAAUAAAUAUAUAUACAGUAUUAAAAUCAAUAUUUGUAUGUAUAUUUAUUUGAAUUUCAUUUUUUAAAAAGCAUGCAUAUAAGAAUUUUAAGUUUUCCCUUUUUGCAGUAACUAGUAUAAUACGCACUGGUAUUUUUGUAUUAAAAAAAAGAAAAAAUACAAAACAAAAGAAUGAAUAUUAUGUGGUAUGCAUGACAUUUAAAAAUGGUGGUUUCAAAGCAAUAUGUACCCCUGGUGUGUUUGCCAUAUUCUAGAGUCAAGCUUAAAGUGCACCUGAUCUGUAAUUGCAUUUUGAUAUUAUUUAAUCUCUAUGUACAAUGUUUUGCAUGUAUUUAUAUGGGUCUUGGGAAGAUUUCUUUUGUUUUGGGAAGGGGUAAGAAGAGAGGCGGGGUUGGAACAGAAGACAAAUGAGCCUCUUCUGAAACAUUUGAAACUCCAAACAUAGUUAAUACUCUAAAUGGAAACAGAAAGAGGAAAUCAAACCAAUUUAAAAAGGUGCAACAAUAGGGGGAAAGGAUACAAUUUUGAACUAAUAAAAGGGUUUUUUUAAAAAUUAUUUUGGCUCUUAAGCAAAAACAGUGUGAGUGUUGAGAGAAUAAACUGUGCCCGCUUGUAA